AUGGAUGACUCAAUGGAUCAUGAUAUGGAUAGGCAGCCCUCCAGGAGAACAGACUAUGCUCGUGACACAGGCGAUUCCCGCGAUCGAUACGCAGAAGACCCAAAGCCGGCAAAGUACAAUGACUACUUCGUACCUGGGACUGGAAUCGACCGUGAGGUCAUCCAGCACGAGAUCUGUCGUUAUCUCGGCAACGAUGCUACUGUGCGUCCAUAUCAGAACAAGGAUGGCCGUACUGGCUUCCUUGUUCGAGCUUACCGGGCUCUCACAAGCGCAAUGAUAGAAGAUCUGAAAACAGAUACUGCCAAAUUCCGUAAAGAUCAAGAACGAAAACAGAGGUCAGGGCGGAGCACGGGUACGCCUGAAUUCAACCCCAGCUCUAACCAUUCUCAUUUGGGUGCAGGAUCCUAUGCGAACUAUGCUGCGGAACACACGACCGGAUCAUCCAACCUUCGAGGACGGCCAGAUGCUGAUACUGAUAUGUCCAUGGAUGUCGACGACUACGAUCAACCUUCUCGAGACCGUCAUGCUGACCCUCGCAUGGACCCUCGUUUAGAUUCACGCCGUGAUCCACGCAUGGAUCCGCGCAUGGACCCACGUAUGGACUCUCGCUACGCAAUGGACUCGCGUAUGGAUGCUCGAAUGGAUGACCCGCGUGUACAAGAAUCCCGUCGCGAUCCUCGAAUAGAUCCCCGCAUGGAUUCGAGAUUGGAUAAUCGAAUGGACCCCAGGAUGGACACAAGACUGGAUUCCCGGAUGGAUCCGAGAAUGGACACACGAAUGGAUACACGAAUGGACACUGGCAUGGAUCCUAGAAUGGAUCCGCGAACAAGCACUCGUGAUCCUCGCGAUGUCCGGGACCUUCGUGACCCGAGAGCAGACCCCAGAGACCUCAGAGACUCGCGAUUCGCAGAUGUCAGAGGCGACCCACGGAUGGGAUCUUCCAGGCAUGAUAUGGCACCUGUCACCAGCGGAUACGGGCAAGAGGCAUAUCCUGCCUACGCUCUAGGUUCUGGCCAGACCUCCGGAGCAUACCAAGAUACGGUGCCAAGAGGAUAUGGAGGUAACAAUACACCACCACAAGGACGUGUUCCCGUGUCAGGAUACAGCCAGCCAGCUUACUCUGGACGGAGCGCCGCCACGUCAGGACCUCCUUUAACCGCAUACCAAGAUCCGAGAACAGGGCAGAUCGUACGGGGAGGAUAUGAUGCAGGAGGCUACGGCGACCAGGGAAGAAGACACCGGUAG